AUGGCCGAUAAGAACGAUGAAAGAAGGUUCCCGUUACAACAGGUAGAUGUGGAUACUCUCUCACUGCACUGGAUCCGGAGCCAACGCGAUUCCAAGGCUCUGGAACGGUUUAACACAGCGUUGGACGUGGCGCAACAGCCAGCCAAUGUCAGGACAGGGGAACGAGAGCACCUAUUGAGGGUGCUGGAAAGGGAUGCCCAGGAUAUGAAGAAGGCUGGUAUUAUUCAAACGCACCAAAGCUACCCACUACCGGGUGGGUAG